UUAUUGGCACUCCAAAAGAGGAUGAUCUGGGUUUCUUGGAUGAAGUUGGCAGAAGAUCUAUCCGCCGACUUCCUUGUUACACCCGGCAGUCAUUCGCAGAAAAGUUUCCGCAGAUGCAUUGCACAGCAAUUGACCUUGUUGAGAAGAUGUUGACAUUCAAUCCAAGCCAGAGAAUAACUGUAGAAGAUGCUCUCGCGCAUCCUUACUUCGCAUCCCUACAUGACACAAGCGAUGAGCCAGUAUGCAUGACGCCCUUCAGCUUCGACUUUGAACAGCAUGUAAUCACCAGGGACCAUGUGAAGGAGCUAAUUUACAGAGAGGCCCUUGCAUUGAAUCCUGAGUACCAGACCUAAGAGCUUUGGAAAUUUUAAUUUACAGUAGGAGCUAAUUUAUUGCAGUGCCUGUUUAUGUGGAUUUGUUUGCAACUGUUGUACAUAUCUGCAGUCCUUUUCUUUACCCAACUUAAAUUAAACUGAAUCUUAAGAAUGUGGGUGUGUGAUGUGCUGUUUCUACCCCUGAAUCUUAGAAGUCAUGGUUUGUUUUUAUUCAAAUUUAACUAAUUGUCUGAUCAUCUUAUUUCUCAACAAUUUAGUGUGCAUGAAGUGUGAAUAAAUCUACAAAUAAUUAGGCGAUUGAAAUUGGAAAUUUUUAUA